AUGAGCUGCUCCUCUUGCUGCCAGCCCACCUGCUACAGGACCACAUGCAGAACCACCUGCUGGAGACCCACCUGCUGUGGGUCUAGCUGUUGUGGGUCCUGCUGCUGCCAGCCUUGCUGCCGCCCUUGCUGUGUGAGCAGCUGCUGCCAGCCUUGCUGCUGUAGCACUCCCUGCUGCCAGCCCAGCUGCUGUGGGUCCAGCUGUGGCGGGUCCUGCUGCUGCUCACCCUGCUGCCAGCAAGUUUGUUGCUGUCCCGUGAAUGUCUGCAGAACCUGCUACCGCCCCACCUGCUGCUGCGUGCCUGGGUGCAUAAGCUAUGGCUGCGGAUCCAGCUGUGGCCAGUCCUGCUGCUGCUGAUCACCUUGCCAGACAACCACCAUCU